AUGGAGGAGGAAAGUAGGAAGGACCAUCGGGCUUUGCUCAACCCAGGAGGAGAGAAUGAACUGGAGGUAUUUGGUUACCAGACCCAGAAUCUACGCAGAGCUCUCUGCCUCAUAACAUCCGUGCUGACCUGUGGGGUCCUUCUCCUGUUAUUCUACUGGAAGCCGCAGUGGAGGGUAUGGGCCAACUGUAUCCCAUGCUCCUUGCAAGAAGCAGACACUAUUUUGCUAAGGACAACGGAUGAAUUUCAAAGACAUAUGAGGAAGAAGGUAAUCUGCCUCUACUUAUCCACACUGAAGUUUCCUGUAAGCAAGAACCCAGAAGAACCCCUGCUGGCUGACUACCACUCUGUCAUAAACCAAGCCAUACUGAAGCCAGAAUUAAAAGUAAGAUGUAUCCAAGUGCAGAAAAUCAGGUAUGUUUGGAACCACUUGGAGAAGAGGUUUCAGAAAGUUGGGUUGCUGGAAGAUAACAGCACCUGCUACAACAUCCAUCAUACGUUUGGACUGGGUCUGACCGGUGGAGAACAAGAGGUCAGAAGAUUAGUGUGGGGGUCAAAUGCCAUUGAGGUUGAACUCCAACCCACGUGGAAGCUGCUUGUUAAACAGGUUUUAAAUCUAUACUACGUGUUUCAAGCCUUUACCCUCACUUUGUGGCUGUCUCAGGGUUACAUCGAAUACUCAGUGGCCAUCAUCAUUGUUCUCUCCAUUGUCUUAAGUGUGUAUGAUUUGCGACAGCAAUCAGUUAAGCUGCACAACCUUGUGAAGGAUCACAAUGAAGUCCAGGUUACAAUCAUUGCAAAAAGGCAAAGUUUGCAGGAGCUAGAGUCCCGUCUCUUGGUUCCCGGAGACAUUCUUAUUCUUCCAGGAAAACUUUCAUUGCCAUGCGAUGCUGCUCUGAUUGAUGGAAGCUGUGUGGUGCAUGAAGGCAUGCUCACAGGAGAACCGAGCAGGAAAACCAGCAAAAAGCCCUCUCCUAUGGACCAGGAAGCCCUGGCAGUGGAUUGGGUCUCUCCAAAAGAUGCUGCCACCACGGCCCUGCCCCUCCUCUCCAUGCUGGCCCUCCUGUGCUGCCAGCCGCCCUCCCUGACCACAGGCAUCGUGUUUGCACAAAGGAAGCUGAAGAAAAAGAGAAUCUUCUGGGUCUCCCCACAGAGAAUCAAUGUGUGUAGGCAAAUCAGCCUCGUGUGCUUGGGCAAAACUGGCACUCUUACAGAAGAUGGACUGGACCUCUGGGGGACUGUUCCUACUACUGACAACUGUUUCCAGGAAGUCCACAGCUUUGCCUCUGGCAAAGCUCUGCCCUGGGGCCCACUGUGUGUGGCCAUGGCCAGCUGCCACUCUCUGAUCCUUCUCGACAGGACCAUCCAGGGAGAUCCACUGGACCUCAAAAUGUUUGAGGUCACAGCUUGAAUAACGGAAGAUUGCAAUGUAGACUACUGCAAAUUUGGGAUAUCAGUUUCCAACAUGGUAAUAAAACCAGGACCAAAAGCCAGCAAGAGACCAUUGUUUCAGGCCAUUGUCAUCUUUCAACAGUUUCCAUUUUCCUGCAGCCUGCAGAGGAUGCCUGUGGUCAUUCAGCGAGGGGAGGAUUAUUUUUGUGUCUAUAUGAAAGGUGCCCCGGAGAUGCUGGCUAGGUUCUGCAGAUCUGAAACAGUGACUUUCUUCCAAAUCCAGAGAGAGAAGGUGGAGUCAGAGUUAACAUUUCUGGGACUUCUCAUAAUGGAGAAUCACUUGAAAAAGGAAACAAAACCAGUCUUGAAGGAACUGAGCUAGGCCAUCAGGACUGCGAUGAUUACCGGUGACAACCUUCAAACAGCCAUUACUGUUGCAAAGAAUUCUGAAAUGAUUCCUCGAGGGAGCCACGUGAUCCUUGUUGAAGCCAAUGAACCCGAAGAGUUUGUCCCUGCCUCCGUGACCUGGAAGCUGGUAGAGAACCAAGAGCGUGGGCCUGGAAAGAAUGAAACCUACAUUAACAUUGGAAACAGUUCAGUGCCUGAUGGAGAAAGAGGGAGCUGUUACCAUUUCGCAGUGAGUGGGAAAUCAUACCAAGUGAUAUUGCAGCAUUUCAACAGCUUGCUUCCAAAAAUUCUGGUGAAUGGAACAAUUUUUGCAAGAAUGUUCCCUGGGCAGAAAUCUAGCCUCAUUGAAGAAUUUCAGAAAUUAAAUGAUUAUGUAGGCAUGUGUGGAGAUGGAGCUAAUGACUGUGGGGCUUUGAAAAUGGCUCAUGCAGGCAUUUUGCUGUCAGAACAGGAGGCAUCUAUGGCCUGCCCUUUCACCUUGAAAACACCCAACAUCGAGUGUGUGUCUUAUCUCAUCAAAGAAAGCCUCGCUGCUCUCGUCUUAUCCUUGGGGGAGAUCAUGUACGGUAUAAUCCACUUUAUGGGUACAUCACUGCUCUACUGGCAACUACAGCUCUUCAGAAUUUACCAGUAUCUCAUGCCAGAUGUUGCUACUACCUUGAUGGUCUGUUUAACAAUGAGCUCAACUCAUGCCUACCCAAAGCUGGCAUACCAACCAGCAGGACAGCUCCUUUCUCCCCCUUUGCUAUUGUCAGUCUUUUUAAACACCUGCUUCACCUGCAUUGCGCAGGUCUGUGCAUUUCUCUAUGUGAAGCAGCAGCCCUGGUAUUGUGAGGUCUACAGACACAGUAAGUGCUUUCUGGACAACCAGAGUAAUUUCUCAACAAAUGUGAGUUUGGAAAGAAACUGGACUGGAAAUGCAACUCUGAUUCCCAAUUCAGUUUUAAGUUUUGAGAGUACCACGCUAUGGCCCAUCACCACCAUCAACUGUAUCACAACAACAUUUAUCUUUUCUAAGGGAAAGCCAUUUCGAAAACCCAUCUAUACAAACUAUAUAUUCUCACUUCUGCUGGUAUCUGCCUUGGGCCUCACAAUUUCCAUUCUGUUUUCUGAUUUUCAAGAUAUAUACCAUGGGACGGAGUUCAUCCUAACCAUCACAUCAUGGAGGAUUUCAAUUUUGGUGGCAGCCCUCACCCAAUUCUGUGUGGCCUUCUUUGUAGAAUUUUCCAUCCUUCAAAAUCGAGAGCUCUGGCUACUGAUCAAGAAAAAAUGUGGAAUCCAUUCUAAAAGUCAAUAUAAGAACUGGCAAAAAAAAAAAAAAAAACUGGCAGAAGACCCAACCUGGCCUCCCACAAACAGGACAGAUUAUUCAGGCGAUGGCACAAAUGGAUUCUACAUCAACCAAGGCUAUGAAAGCUCUGAACAGAUUCCAAAAGAAAAACUCAAAUUGGGAGGCCAAACCACAGAACCACAUUUUUGGACCAGAUUGUAA